CUACAUGUAUCUGUACCAUCUGCCAUUUCCCUACCAACAUGAAGGCGUUCACGGAUAUUGUCAAACCGUUCUUAUUUACAACUUUAGUAACGACCGUUGCCUUCUUUCAAACAUCUCAAGGUGCUGGGUCAUGUGCUCCUGUAUACAACUGCCCCUGUCCGGUAGUGGUCAACGGAUGCCACGCCUGCCCAUGUCAGACACAAGGCUCCUCAGCGUCAUCGCAUCACGGAAAGCACUGCCCUUAUGUGGACUUCAUCAAGUGCCCCGAGGGCUGCCUGGUGGCUGAUAACAUCACGAACUGUGUGAAGUGUAACUGCAAAGUCUCAGCCACGCCCCUAAUCAACUGCUUCAAUUGCCAAAAGGUGUCGCAUCCAUCUGCGUGUGCGACAAUUCAACAGUGUGGACAACAUGAGCUGUGCCAUGCACAGACUGCACACAACAACGCCGGGACAUCCUACAAGUUGUCCUGUAUGCCAAGGACGACAUGCGAGCACCUGUCUUCAUCUAUCAUUAUUGGAAGACGAGCCGUAACGUGUGACCAGUGCUGCACAACAGACCUUUGUAACCAAAAGCUUUGUAAAUAAAGUGUGAAUGACAAACAAA